ACUUCCUGUUUUCAUUACGUAAAACUCCAGUAGCCAAUGAGCGACCGGUAUUCGGCGAGUGGGCGGGUUCUGUGGGUUCAUCUGAAGCGCAGGUCAGAACCGCGUGACGUCGACUGAACGUGCUCUGUCUCCGUAUGUCUCCCGCUGCUGCGUGUCUCUGCGUUCUGUGCGGGUUACCGGCGGCCGGUAAGUCCCGCCUGGCGCGGGAGCUGCGGGGUCGCGCACAGACGCGCGGAUGGAGGACGCUUCUCGUGACAUAUGACGAGCUGAUACCGGCGCGCGACUGGCAGGAGACUGAAUGGAAGUGGCACAGGAAGACGGUUAUAAUGUGUCUGGAGAGAUUCCUUCAUCAGACUCUCUCCGAUCAGACUCACACACUCUCCGAUCAGACUCACACACUGUCGGAUCAGACUCACACACUCUCCAAUCAGACUCACACACUCUCGGAUCAGACUCACACACUCUCAGAUCAGACUCACACACUGUCGGAUCAGACUCACACACUCUCCGAUCAGACUCACACACUGUCCGAUAAGACUCACACACUCUCGGAUCAGACUCACACACUCUCGGAUCAGACUCACACACUCUCGGAUCAGACUCACACACUGUCGGAUCAGACUCACACACUGUCGGAUCAGACUCACACACUCUCCGAUCAGACUCACACACUGUCGGAUCAGACUCACACACUCUCCGAUCAGACUCACACACUCUCCGAUCAGACUCGCACACUCUCGGAUCAGACUCGCACACUCUCGGAUCAGACUCACACACUCUCGGAUCAGACUCACACACUCUCGGAUCAGACUCACACACUCUCGGAUCAGACUCACACACUCUCGGAUCAGACUCACACACUCUCGGAUCAGACUCACACACUCUCCGAUCAGACUCACACACUCUGCGAUCAGAAUCACACACUCUCGGAUCAGACUCACACACUCUCGGAUCAGACUCACACACUCUCGGAUCAGACUCGCACACUCUCCGAUCAGACUCGCACACUCUCCGAUCAGACUCACACACUCUCAGAUCAGACUCACACACUGUCGGAUCAGACUCACACACUCUCCGAUCAGACUCACACACUCUCCGAUCAGACUCACACACUCUCCGAUCAGACUCACACACUCUCCGAUCAGACUCACACUCUCUCAGAUCAGACUCACACUCUCUCAGAUCAGACUCACACACUCUCAGAUCAGACUCACACACUCUCAGAUCAGACUCACACUCUCUCGUAUCAGACUAACACACUGUCGGAUCAGACUCACACACUGUCGGAUCAGACUCACACACUGUCGGAUCAGACUCACACACUCUCGGAUCAGACUCACACACUCUCAGAUCAGACUCACACACUCUCAGAUCAGACUCACACACUCUCCGAUCAGACUCACACACUCUCGGAUCAGACUCACACACUCUCGGAUCAGACUCACACACUCUCGGAUCAGACUCACACACUCUCCGAUCAGACUCACACACUCUCCGAUCAGACUCACACUCUCUCCGAUCAGACUCACACUCUCUCCGAUCAGACUCACACACUCUCCGAUCAGACUCACACACUCUCCGAUCAGACUCACACACUCUCCGAUCAGACUCACACACUCUCGGAUCAGACUCACACACUCUCCGAUCAGACUCACACUCUCUCCGAUCAGACUCACACUCUCUCCGAUCAGACUCACACUCUCUCCGAUCAGACUCACACUCUCUCCGAUCAGACUCACACUCUCUCCGAUCAGACUCACACACUCUCAGAUCAGACUCACACACUCUCAGAUCAGACUCACACUCUCUCGUAUCAGACUAACACACUGUCGGAUCAGACUCACACACUGUCGGAUCAGACUCACACACUGUCGUAUCAGACUCACACACUCUUUGAUCAGACUCACACACUCUCCGAUCAGACUCACACACUCUCCGAUCAGACUCACACACUCUCCGAUCAGACUCACACACUCUCCGAUCAGACUCACACUCUCUCCGAUCAGACUCACACACUCUCCGAUCAGACUCACACACUCUCCGAUCAGACUCACACACUCUCCGAUCAGACUCACACACUCUCCGAUCAGACUCACACACUCUCAGAUCAGACUCACACACUCUCCGAUCAGACUCACACUCUCUCCGAUCAGACUCACACACUCUCAGAUCAGACUCACACACUCUCCGAUCAGACUCACACACUCUCCGAUCAGACUCACACACUCUCGGAUCAGACUCACACACUCUCGGAUCAGACUCACACACUCUCGGAUCAGACUCACACUCUCUCCGAUCAGACUCACACACUCUCGGAUCAGACUCACACACUCUCCGAUCAGACUCACACACUCUCGGAUCAGACUCACACACUCUCGGAUCAGACUCACACACUCUCCGAUCAGACUCACGCACUCUCUGAGGCUGAUGGAGUCUGGACGAGGUUUGAGCAGAUGCGGCAGCAGCAGAGCGUCUCUCACACACACACACACACACACUCGCAGCCGCUCGUGGUUCUGCUGGACGAUAACUUCUACUACCAGAGCAUGAGAUACCAGAUCCAGCAGCUGGCCAGGAAGUAUGGCGUGGGUUUCUGUCAGGUGUUUCUCCAGUGUCCGCUGCACGUGUGUCUCCAGAGGAACCGGUGCAGACCUCAGUCUGUUCCUGAUGAAGUUCUGCUGCAGAUGUGUGAGCGAAUGGAGCCUCCGAACGAGAUCAAAAACCCCUGGGAGCAGCAGAGCCUGACACUGGACAGCACAGAUGACAUCGCAGACAGACACAUACAGAAGCUGAUGGACUUGCUUGUGUCUGCGCUGGAAAACCCUGUGAGCCCCGUCCAGUACGAGUCGCAGCAGAAGGAGGCUGACAGACGGAUUUGUGCAUCCAGCGUUCUUCGUCAGGUGGAUCAGACCUGUAGACGACUGGUUUCUCAGACGCUGAUAUCAGCUCGAGAAGGCCAGGCGUCUCCAGACGUGAUGAAGGCUCUGGCUAAAGCACUGAUCGAGCUGAAGACUGUGUUCCUGCAGGAGCUGAAGAAGGAUGUUCUCCAUCGUGUCUCAGUUUUCCCAGAGGAGCCCGUCGAUAAUGAGAAGCUCCUGAUGGACAUGUCUGCGGCGUUCCAGCGACGCUCACAUGAGAUUGUGUCCAAACACAUGUGAAACAUGACUGAUCGUCUCUAGCAUGCAUUUGAUUCCUGAUAAUAAAUCAAACUAUGCUAAGUCUUUUUCAUGGACUUGUGAUUGCGCAUUAGAUGUCAAUUUAAUAAAGUUUCUGCAAAUGCAUCUGUCAAA